GACCUGGCUGAAGUCGGACGCUUAACCGACUGCGCCACCCAGGCGCCCCUGAUAUGGUUUGUUCAUACUUGUCCCAUUGAGAGAUAAGAGAGGACUAGCGUUUGGGGUGUCACCGCUCUAUGGAGUAGGACUAAGGAACCAAGUCCUUAGGUUCCCAUCUAGAUUCACAUUUACUGCUCUCAACUUCUCUGGAAUACAGGUAGUCCCAGUCUCACUUUUAUAGACAAAGACACUGAGGUUCAGAGAGGUUAAACAGUAUGCCCAAGGUCAUUGGCUAGCAAAGGGAAUGAAGACACAGGUCUGUCUGGCAGCAUAAAUGACCCCCACCCACUGCCACCAUGGAUUUCUGGAAUUACUUUUCCCUUUUCUUCACCUGGAUCUGCCUUCCCAGGGCAGCCCUCCCUGUUGAUCCCCAAAUGCCUUCCUAGCUUGAGGAAGGAUGGCACUCCCUCCCAAGAGGUCUAGGAGCUAAAGACCUUCUUAGAAUCAACUUUUCCCCCAUCUUACUGUCAUCAUUAACAUCUGCACAGCUCCUUGCAGUUUACAGGCUGUUUUUGCAUAUCUCUUUUCCUCGUAUUAAACUUCACAACAACUUUAUAAGAUAGGAAAAGCAAGAAUUGUCUCUAUUUCCUUAUGAGCAUACUAGGCUGAGAGAGGUCAAAUGGCUUGCCUGGGGGUUCCUGUUGGAACCCCAAAUGUCAACCCCCAGGCCUUUCAGCCAGGAAGUGCAGGAUGGGGACUCACACACCAGCUCUUGGACCUCAGACCUUGUGCUUCUUGUCCUAACACCUGUCUUUGGUAUCACACCCCCAGAAUGUGCCAGUCACAAACAUGAAACUCCUCUGAACACUGAAUGAAAGUUUAAGUCCACAGAGUUCUCUGGGCUCAUGUAGGGCACUCAUGAAGUUAUCCUGUCACUGUAGGGAUUGAUGAGAUCCUCAGCAUGAGAAGGUUUCCAGGAAUGUAGGAAAAUGUUUUGGGCCCAUGGCCAGGAACUUGUUGGCAACAUCUCUGGGAAUCUGUAGGCACUGCUGGGAAGACCCAGAGCCUAGCUCUGCAGGGAAAAGAGGCCAUGUCCUGUUGAUCUGGGAAGGUUGGAGGUGCUCUCCCUACUCAGAGCUCUGUCAUCUACCACUGUCUUCCCCUUCUCUGUGCAGAACACACACACAGCCUUCAGGAGUGACCGUAGAUGACUCCUACCUCACAGAAACCAAGAGCUCCCAGAACCGAAAGUUUUCCCAGAGACAGAAGACGCUGUCCUGUCAGUUCUCCAUUGGUGGCCACCUGUCCCCAUGGCCCACAUACACCAGUGGUCAGACCAUUCUGCAUAAUCGAAAGCCCUGUUCAUAUGAUUACCGGAAACGAGCAGGUAGUUGGCAGCAGCAGCCCCUGGGCACUACUAAGCCAAGGUACCUGGAGCAGCUAGAGAACUACCUACGCAAGGAGCUUCUCCUGCUGGACCUGAGCACAGAUUCUGCCCAGGAGCUGAGGUUGCAGCCUUACAGAGAAAUCUUUGAGUUCUUCAUAGAGGACUUUAAAACGUACAAGCCGUUGCUAUCUUCCAUCAAGAAUGCAUAUGAGGUGAUGCUGGCCCACCAGAGGGAGAAGAUUCGGGCUCUGGAGCCCUUGAAGGCCAAACUUGUCACUGUGAAUGAGGACUGCAACGAGAAGAUCCUGGCCAUGCGGGCUGAGGAGAGAUAUGAAAUCUCCAUGCUGAAGAAAGAGAAGAUGAAUUUGCUAAAACUCAUUGACAAAAAGAACGAGGAGAAGAUCUCAUUGCAGAGCGAGGUGUCCAAACUGAGGAAGAAUUUGGCUGAGGAGUACCUGCACUACCUCAGUGAGCGAGAUGCCCGCAAGAUCCUCAUUGCAGACUUGAAUGAGCUGCGGUACCAGCGGGAAGACAUGUCACUAGCCCAGUCCCCAGGCAUCUGGGGCGAGGACCCUGUUAAGUUAACACUGGCUCUGAAGAUGACCCGGCAAGACCUGACCCGCACACAGAUGGAACUCAACACCAUGAAAGCCAACUUUGGAGAUGUGGUGCCCAGGAGGGACUUUGAAAUGCAGGAGAAGACCAACAAGGAUCUGCAAGAGCAGCUGGACAGCCUGAGAGGUGACUAUGAAGAGGUCUGCAAGGAGCACGAGAUACUGCUACAGUUGCACAUGACCACACUGAAGGAGCGGGACCAGUUUUAUUCUGAGCUCCAGGAGAUCCAGCGCACCUCUACACCACGGCCUGACUGGACCAAGUGUGAAGAUGUGGUGGCUGGGGGCCCAGAUCGCUGGCAAAUGCUGGCCGAGGGCAAAAACAGUGACCAGCUGGUGGAUGUGCUCUUGGAGGAGAUUGGCGAGGGCCUGCUCCGGGAGAAAGACUUCUUUCCUGGUCUGGGCUAUGGGGAAGCCAUCCCCUCUUUCCUUCGAUUUGAUGGCAUUGUGGAGAACAAGAAGCCAACCAAGAAGGAUGUGGUAAACCUACUCAAAGAUGCCUGGAAGGAACGUCUUGUUGAGGAGCAGAAAGAGAAAUUCCCAGAUUUCUUCUUCAAUUUCCUGGAGAAUCGCUUUGGACCUGGUGAUGCCAUGGCCUGGGCUUACACCAUUUUUGAAAAUAUCAAGCUCUUCCGUUCUAAUGAGGUCAUGAGCCAGUUCUAUGCACUCUUGAUGGGAAAGAGGAGCGAGAGUGUGUACAUCAAGCAGAAGGAGACCGUAGUACAGUUGCUGAAGGAGAUGACAAAUGCUGACAGUCAGAAUGAGGGGCUGAUAACCAUGGAAAACUUAAGCACUGUCCUUAAGAGCACCUUCCCCUUCAAGAGGGAAGAGAGAAUCCAGCAGCUGAUGGAGGCAGGGGGCUGGCAUUCCAACAGUAGCAAUGCAGACUUGCUCAACUACCACUCAUUGUUUAUAGAGGAUGAGGAGGGCCAGAGUAUGCCCUUUGUGCAAAAGCUGUGGGAACAGUACAUGGAUGAAAAGGAUGAGUACUUACAGGAGCUAAAGCAGGAGCUGGGCCUGGAACUCCAUGAUAAAGUAACCCUACCCAAGGUACGUGAAGCCCUGAUGAACAUUGAUCCCGGCCUGGACAAACAGACCCUGAAUAGCUAUUUGAGCCAGGCCUUCCAGCUCCCCAUGACAGAAGUGCCUGAGGAGGGUGAAGAGAAGGAAGAAGGCAUUGUGGAACAGCUCCAGAUUGCCCUGGAACAGCUUCAGAUGAUUGACCUCAGGCGCAUGGGGCCUCGAGAGCAGGAGCCUGCAAGCUAGGGCUGCUAUGGGCAGCCUGAGUGCUCCAGUGCUCUAGUGCUCCUAACCCCUAACUUUUAGUAUAAAAUUAUUUGUCUGAA